GCAGACGGAGCUUGUUUCAUUCUUUGCGCGCGUGUACCUACGUUUGAGGCCACGUUCUAAAGAGCUGUGAUGUGGAUUGUUGAUACUCGUCUUCAAGUAAGCGGUUAUUGCUGCGGAAUCAGUUGUGGUCCCUUCGGCGUUCUGUCAUGGACUUGGUGAAUUUCGUCAUGGAUUCCUCCGCGAAAUAUUCGCGGUUUUCCGAAUGGAUCGAGGAUAUAUCUGAUAAGCGCGUGAAAGACUGGCCUUUGAUGUCUUCUCCAUGGCCGACAUUGUGCAUUGCAUUUAUGUACGGCACGAUGGUGCGAGUGGGUCCGAAGCUGAUGGAGAAUCAGAAACCUUUUGAGCUCAAGUGGAUUCUAGUCUUAUACAAUUUGUUCGUCAGUCUGUUGAACUUGUAUAUCUGUGGCGAGCUUUAUUUUCUGCAACGAGCUUUAGGCUACAACUGGGAGUGCCAGCCCGUGAAUUAUUCCAGUGACGCGUUGGAAAUGAGGGUGGCGGCUGCUCUGUGGUGGUACUAUUUCUCGAAGUUCGUCGAAAUGGCAGACACUGUAUUCUUUAUUUUGAGAAAAAAGGAUUCUCAGUUGACCUUCUUGCAUGUCUAUCAUCAUUCGACCAUGUUCAUGCUUUGGUGGAUUGGGAUCAAAUAUGUGGCCGGUGGUUCUGCCGUGUUCGGUGCCAUGUUCAACAGUCUAGUACAUGUACUGAUGUACCUGUACUACUGUCUCACUGCCCUCGGUCCGCGGUUCAGGAAGUUCGCGUGGUGGAAACAGUAUCUAACCGUCGUUCAACUGUGCCAAUUCAUGGCUGCCAUGAUGAUGGGCAUCAGAGCCCUGAUCGUCGGAUGCGAUUUCCCGCAAUGGAUGCAGUACAGCCUUGUGUUGUACAUGAUGUCUUUCUUGGUCUUAUUUUCUAAUUUCUACCGCCAAACUUACCUUAGGGCGCGUCAUCAUUCGCAGACCAAGAUCAUGAAUUCACCAGGUCAUGCCAACGGCGUGAAGAAAAGCGAGUCAUUUCAGAAGAAAGAUGUUUGA